CCACCGAGUAUGCAAGAUUACCACCUCGCCCAGUCAUGGCCCAAGGAGAGCACCAGCUACUGCUUCCACAGCGGCCGCAACCACGGCCUCGCCCCCGCAGCAUCGGUGGAGAGAUCGUCCAAGUUCAAGGCGGCCACAUUGUGCGCUCAACCGGCCGCAAAGACCGGCACAGCAAGGUCUGUACAGCCAAAGGCCCGCGCGACCGUCGCGUCCGCCUCUCCGCCCACACUGCCAUCCAGUUCUACGACGUCCAAGACCGUCUCGGCUACGACCGCCCCAGCAAAGCCGUCGACUGGCUCAUCAAACACGCCAAAACCGCCAUUGAUGAGCUCGCUGAGCUCCCUCCUUGGCAUCCUUCCACUACCUCCUCCUCCUCCACUGCUCCUCCUCAAGAACCUCUUCCCCCUUCUGGCAACUCCGGCAAGAAACCAUUAGACCCUGACAACAAUGCUUUCACCUUCGACAGUGGCUCUACUAGUAGCUUUCUCCCUCCUUCUCUCGAUUCCGACGCCAUUGCUGAUACUAUUAAGUCUUUCUUCCCAAUGGCCGCCGCCGCUGCCGGAGCUUCCAAUGAAUCCUCUUCCAGUUACCAGAACUACGCCCCACCUCCGGCCCAAGAUCUCCGGCUCUCACUUCAGUCAUUCCAAGACCAACACCACCACCACCACCAUGUUCAUUCUGCUCCUAUGCCACAGUCCAUCUUUUCAUUCGACCCUGGCUCUUCUCCCUGGUGGAACAUGCCAGCUGAGAGUAGCAGCGGUGGAGCUUACGGCUUUCGGUGGUGCUCCACCGCCAGUGAUGUCAGUGCACCCGUUGGUGCUAGGACAAAACCCGCUUAUCACACAGAGGGGACCCCUCAGUCCAGUAACUCGCCCUCGCUCCGUGCUUGGAUGGACCCUGUCAAUGCCGCUGCCGCCUCGGGUGUUCUCCCGAUGCUUCACCCGUCAUCUCUGCCCUCGGUUUCGGCCAUGGGCGGUGGCGCUGCCGGCGUUGGCUUCUCGGGUUUUCGCAUGCCUGCUCGGUUCCAGGGUGAGGAGGAGCAUGACGGCUUGUCUGACAAGCCGUCCUCUGCUUCCUCAGCUUCUCGCCAUUGAUGGAAGAUGAAGAAGAGAAUGAUCUGACAACCUUCACUUGCUUCUGCUACUACUGCUACUACUACCUCUGAAGGGGCUAUUGCUUCUUGUUGAGGAGGAUCAAAUGCACCAAAUUGAUUACUUGGUUUGUCAGUUCUUCUCUUUUACUUCUCCCUUCCACAAUGUCUUUGUUUUAAUGUCUUUGGUUGUUUGUUUGUUAUGUGUCUGUUGCUCUUGCAUUGCUAGACUUUGGUUCUUCUUCUUCUUUCUUCUUCUUCUUCUUGCUGUUGCAUUGAUCUUUAGUGUAGUAAAACUUUGUUUUAAUUGAUGUGUUGUCUUGGCGAUUUGGAUUCUGUUUUCUGAAUGGGAGUAAUAAGAACAUUUAGCCAUGAUUGUUAUCA